AUGAAACUAAAGAGUGCCACCGAUCUCUAUCGUGUCUCGCUCUCUGAGAUCUCCAGAAGACUAUUGGACUACUGUCAAAGUACAUACCUGAUACUCUCAAUUGACACCAAGUCAGAGCUUUUACAACCAGACGAUUAUGGUUCAUUCUUAAAGACUCUUCCAUUGACCGAAAACUACAGAAUCAGUCAACUCAAUGUUAUUUCAAAACAAUGUCAAGAAGAUUUAUUAGAACCGAUAUAUGUACAACAUUCUGUUUAA